UACAGUGAUGAUUAUUCAUGUUGUUAGGGGAGAGCCCAGCAGCAGCAGCUCGGCCGAAGUUACAGCGAAACUUCCACAACAACAUUAAUAAUGUUUCGCUGAAAAAGAUGAGUCGCCAGCAGGACGUCGUGUUGACCGCAUACACCAGCAACUCCGAGGCCGUACUGGCGGUUAAAGAGCCGGCGGAGUUUCCAGCAGCGAGCCGCAGGACCGGUCAGUAUAAUGUGCAGCGGCUCAGAGGGCCCGCGGCGGCCCCGUACCAGCGCUGCAGCUCGCAGGACUCUCUGGACGAGCAGGCCAUGGUGGAUUACUUCAAAGAGGUGGAGAUCAUCCAGCGGAGCGGAGAUGCCGAGACACAAGAGGAGCUGCAGCUGAAGGUGGCCGACGAAGGUGAGCAGGAGGAGGCAUGGUUGAUGGAGGCGGGGCUAGCGACUCUGUUUGACCAAUCCGCUUCAGACGGCGAGGACAGCAUCGCUCUGUUGUCGACUCUGACCCGAACACAAGCGGCCGCCGUGGAGCGACGUGUGGAGACUCUCAAACAGACGCUACGCAAGCGCAACAAACCCUACGCAGUCCCCGAUGUGCGGGAGAUCUUCAAACCCUCAACCACUGCUGCACACAGUAAACAGGAUGAGGCAGAAUCCACAGAGCGAAGUGGCAGCAAGAAACAGGAAGUGGAAGGACUGGGUAACGGGGUGGGGCUUAUUGCUGCAGGGGGCGGAGCUGAUACAGAGACGGACAUCAACCUGGAGGUGUCCUUCUCUGAGCAGGCGCUGGUCUAUAAAGAAGAGCUGAAGCUCAGCAAACCUCAGUGUCAAGCUGACGACAGACUGCCUGAUUUUAAAGUGUCUCAGGAUAAGACGGGACAGACUAAAGUGGGCGAUCUGUCGGCGGAGGACAUGAAGAAGGUGCGCAGGCUGGUCCUAAUAGAGAUGAGCGCUCUGUUCGACACGUGCGGAGUCGAGGUCAAGGCUCAUAAAGCACUCAAGGUCAAAGUCAGAGAGUCGGGUUUGUUUGGUGUUCCUCUGUCUGUUUUGCUGGAUCAAGACCAGCGCAGGAUCCCAGGAACCAAAGUGCCUCUGAUACUGCAGCAUCUGAUCUCUCAUAUAGAGGAGCAGGGUUUGGACACAGAAGGUGUGCUGAGGAUUCCUGGCGCAGCUACUCGAGUCAAGGCCGUCUGCCAUGAGCUGGAGCACAAGUUUUAUGAAGGCCUGUUUCCUUGGGAGAGUCUGAAGCAGCAUGACGCUGCCAGUCUACUGAAGCUGUUCAUCAGAGAGCUGCCGUACCCGCUGCUGACCGUACAGUACUUCAACGCCUUCAUCUCUGUGCUGAAGUUGCCCACUCAGAAGCAGCAGCUGCAGGCUCUGAAUCUGCUGGUGCUGCUGUUGCCCGAACACAACCGAGACACACUAAAGGCAUUGAUGGAGUUCUUCCAGCGCGUGAUCCACCAUAAGGACAAGAACAAAAUGACCCUCAACAAUGUGGCAGUGGUGAUGGCGCCCAACAUCUUUAUGUGUAAAGGUUUCCGCAGUAAGAUCAGCGAGCAGCAGGAAUUUGCCAUGGCAACCGGCACCGCCAACAUCGUACGGCUGCUCAUCCGCUACCAGAACCUCCUCUGGACG